CGCUCAUAAUUCAACCGCUCCCAUCUUCCAGCUCGCUCCGCACCUCUCAUCCUGAUCUCAGCCCCCGGUUUUGUCUUUUUCGCUGACACAGUGCCUUAAAACAAUAUUUUCGCCCUUCAGACCCUAGCCGCAAAACACCCGCAGACAGCCAUGGCCAAAACUGCAAUUGCAUACAAAGAGAAGAUGAAGGAGCUGUCUGUUUUCUCCCUCAUCUGCUCCUGCUUUUAUCCAGAGGCACGCAACAAGCUGGUCGUCUGUGAGUUCGAAGACAUGGAGGUGAAGCCAAUCAACAAGCGGGCGUCGGGCCAGGCCUUUGAGGUGAUUCUGAAGCCCCCAUCCCCGGUGUCAGAUGUGGCCCACAGCAUCGCUUCGCCCCCCAAGAGGGAAGUGUCCCUAGAGGACAUCCAGAAGAAAUUGGAGGCAGCUGAGGACCGGAGGAGGUCCCAGGAGGCCCAGGUGCUGAGGGCCCUGGCAGAGAAGAGGGAGCAUGAGAGGGAUGUGCUGCUCAAGGCCAUGGAAGAAAACAACAACUUCAGCAAAAUGGCAGAGGAGAAGCUCACCAUGAAGAUGGAGCAAAUCAAGGAGAACCGGGAGGCCCACCUGGCAGCCAUGAUGGAACGCCUGCAGGAGAAGGUGAGAGAAGACUGGCCAGUAGUACUGUAGAAGUAGUAAUGGAGUAGUAGAACAAGUAGUAGAUG